AUGGGGAACACACACUCCAAGCAUAUUCAGUCGAAAUCAAAUGAGUCGGUUUUGUUGUGUGUCAACCAUGUCACAGAAAUCCUGCCGACCAUAUUCUUAACCUCAAGACACUCUGCUGAGGACGAGUUAACUUACAAACAAAAUGACAUCUCUGCCGUUCUUUCAUUGACUACAAAUAACGCGAAGUAUCCUACAGACGUUCAAACAAAGCACUGCCACGUUCAAGACAGUUUCUUCUUCUUAUUAGAUCAGACUUUAGACGAGUCUUUAGAAUGGAUAGAUACAAUGGUUUCAAGUGGGAAGAAGGUGUUGGUCCACUGCGAAGUUGGGAUGUCCCGCUCUGCUUCGGUGGUCUUAGCUUAUUUGAUGAAACACAACACGUGGAACUUCAAGACGGCGUUUCUCUAUAUCAAGCAGAAGAGACCAAUUGUAUUCCCAAAUCCAGGGUUUAUCAUUCAGUUGUACCAAUACCAACUCAAAAUGGGUAUUAAAGACUCAAACGAAAAUUCUUUGUUCGUCAAAGAGUUGAUUUUACAGGCAAACGCUCUCUUCCAAGAUGUCCCUGUUAGACAACUUUGGAACGCUUUCUUGUCAAACGGAUGUUGUUAUGAAAAGGCAAUUAAAGACCAAAGAAGGUUAUUGGCUAAUUAUGCGGGAAGUUCUUAA